GUUUGAAUAUUAAAGAAAUAACUGAUAAAGAAAGAAAAAAAAACGCAAUUAAUUAAUUGAAAAAAGAACAUAAAUAUAAAAUGAAACUUUUUAUAUUAACCCUAAUAAUAGCCCUAAAAGGGUUAAGUCAGGCGCAAGAGGACUUAACUCAACUUUGUUGGGAGCAACCUUUGGGUCAUGUCUUGCCCCAUCCUUUAGACUGUGGCCGCUAUAUUGUUUGCAAUGAGGAGUUAAAGCCUUCGGUACAUAACUGUGAAUUGGGUUUUCAUUUUGAUGCCUUGCGUAAGGUGUGCAAUUGGCCUGAAUAUGCCAAUUGUCAAGUGGCCACCCCUACUCAAGUGACUGCUGCGCAGCAAAUCGUAACAACUGUCAUGCCAUGGCAUUCUUCUUUAAUAGCUUUAGAUGUCUUAACCGGUGAAACUGUAGAUCCUCUCACUCACUAUGAUCCUGAUAAUGUUUUAUGUCGUCAUUAUGGUGCCUAUUUCUUGCCACAUCCUCAAAAAUGUCGUUCCUAUUAUUUGUGUGCUUAUGGUCAUAUGCAUGAACACUCAUGCGGUGUGGGUACUCUCUGGAAUUAUCUUACUCAACAAUGUGUUCUUAAUCAUAAGGCUGAAUGUUAUCAUUUGGCUCACGAAGAAGAACAGGAAAUCGAAAAUAGUUUAGCCACUAGCACGGACAAUCCUUUAAUGGUCUGUUAUCCGCUAAGCACUACAAUAGCACCCACUAGGCCGUCACGUACUACAAACACCACACCUUUCCCGACCCAAACACCACGCACAUCUAAGCCCAGUAGGCCCACAGCUGCCACACCAACACGUUAUCCCUCCACAAAACGUCCCAACUCUACAAAUCCUUAUCAUAUUGUAUGCCCUGCCAAACGUCAGAGUUAUGCUGCUCAUCCCAAAGAUUGCGGUAAAUACUUUAUUUGUAUAAUGGGUACACCGGUAGAAACCUCUUGUCCGGUUGGUCUUUUCUGGGAUUCACAAAAGGAAUAUUGUGAUUUGCCCGAAAAUGUUAAGUGUUUCAGUCUACAAAUAUCAACAGGAUGUCUCCUGCUUAUGGCUGCCGUUUUCGGUAAAGCUUCAGCUAUCUAUAGCAUGAGUGAGACUUGUGAAUAUAGACCCGAUGGUUUUAUUGCCGAUCCAAAUUCUUGUGAAAGCUAUGGUUAUUGUAAAAAUAACCAGUUAGUGGGUACUGGUAAAUGUCCCGCUGGCUAUCUGUAUAAUCCUAGACUGGGUAUUUGCGAUAGUCCCGCUAAUGUCAAAUGCGUUACUGAUAGUAAGGAUGCUUGCUUGUAUGAGCCUGAUAACACCUUUGUAGCUGAUCCAACCAAUUGCAAUGGUUAUUGCUAUUGUAGUAAUAAAAAUGCCUCUUGUACAACUUGUCCCGGUUCCCAGCUCUUUGAUAGUGAAAAGAUAAAAUGUGUAUAUGCAUCAGCUAAGCCUAAGUGUUCUGCUGAUUCGAUUUGCCGUUUGGUACCCAAUGGGGUAUUUGUUGGUAAACCUGACAACUGUGGAGAAUACAUUGGUUGCCUCGAUGGCUUAGGUACUGAUGGUAAAUGUACAAAUAGUUACUUUAAUAAACAACUUGGUGGGUGUCAAACAACCAAUCCUUGCAUAGCUCCUAGUCCAGUUGACAUAGGUCCGGGUGUUUUAAAGAAUUUAGAUGACAACCCCUCGGUAUGUAAAUUUACUCCUGGUAUAGGUGUUGCUUCUGAAGCUAAUCCAGUAUUUGUUUCUGAUGGCCAAACUUGUAUGGGUUAUUACAAAUGUACAUCUAGAGAUGGACCCGGCACUUGGGGCAAAUGUCCAAAGGGUUUACAUUUUAAUGGUCAAAAAUGUGUUACCCCCUAUACAUUCAAAUGUAAAUAUGACCGUUGUGGUAAUUUGAAUCAGACAUUUGUUGGCACUAUUGAUGCAGAGUGUAAAAAAUACUUAAUUUGUAAAAAUGAAACCUCACAAGGAAAGACUUAUGGUUAUGAAGAAUUUAAAGGGUUACCAUGCACUGAUGAGAAUAAUCCAUACUUUAACGAAUUUACUGGACAAUGUGAGAAAACAUCACCUACAACCAGUACUUAUCAACUUUGUACGGCGCAAUCAACCUAAUACCUAAAUAUUUAUUUUAUAUAGGAAAUGUAAAUGCAAAAAAAAAAAACAAAAAUAAAAAUCUAUCAAUAACUUUACACUGC